AUGGUCUUCUUCGUCCGGGGUCUGCGACUGCGGCAACAGCAUCUUCUUCGGCAGCAGCAGCGGCGGCGUGGGAGGUGGUUCGGCGGCAUCAGAUUGCGAUGCAAAUGCAGCCCCAUCGUGGAGGACCGAUCAUUUCACACUUCAUGUAGCCGCCAGCAUGCACACGCCGACCAGGAUCCUCCCAGAUCCGCAAUCGCAAUUAACCGAACGAGGAACAUCGGCAUUAUAGCGCACAUUGAUGCUGGCAAAACAACGACCACGGAGCGCAUGCUCUUCUAUUCCGGUCAUACUCGUCGUAUUGGAGAUGUCGAUGAAGGCAGCACAGUGACCGACUUCCUGCCUGCGGAACGUGCAAGGGGCAUCACCAUUCAAUCUGCUGCCAUUUCCUUUUCGUGGCCUCCCGAUGGUGGGAGGAAAUCACCUGCUUUACCGUCCGGAGCGCCAAGAUCUUCCAUCCCGCAUAACAUCAACCUCAUUGAUACUCCUGGACAUGCCGACUUUACAUUCGAGGUGCUUCGGUCGUUGAGGGUGCUCGAUGGCGCGGUCUGCAUUCUAGAUGGUGUGGCUGGUGUUGAAGCUCAAACGGAAAAGGUUUGGAGUCAGGCUUCGAAUUAUGCUAUUCCUCGGAUCAUCUUUGUGAAUAAGCUGGAUCGGGAUGGUGCCGCCUUUGGUCGAACAGUGAAGGAAGUUGGUGCUCGGCUGGGAGCGUGGCCAGCUGUAUGUGGUAUACCCUGGUGGUCUGCCGAUGGCCGCUUACAGGGUGUCGGAGAUGUGGUGGGGUUGCGCGGGUUGAGAUAUCCUGAAGGUGGCGAUGGAAAGGACAUUCGUGUGUUCAGUAUGAAGCAGCUCCAAGAUGAGGACUCGAAACUGGCGGAAGAGUUGAAGCAAGCUCGAAUCGCUCUGGUUGAGAGGCUUUCUGAGCAUGAUGAUGAAAUGGUGGAGCAUUAUCUUGAAGUUGAUGAAGAUCAUCUCGCCAUUACAGAGAAUCAGGUCACGGAAUCGCUGAGGCGGUGUAUUCUGCAGCAUCCGCAGCAGGUCGUCCCGGUAUAUGCGGGCGCCAGCUUCCGCAAUGUUGGAGUGCAGCCUCUGCUGGAUGCUGUUGUUAACUUGCUACCAUCUCCAGAGGAAAGACCGGAUCCUGAAGUGAGUCUUGGAUCGAGCACAAAGGGCACAUUAGGCUCUUUCCUAGCUGGGAAGCUCGAUCUACCCAAAGUUGCGGCGCAGAGUGGUGGGAAAGGUGUGAGCAAGACAAAAGCCAAUACUGCGUUGCAGACUAUGGAAGCGUGUGCCUUGGCCUUUAAAGUGGUAGCGGAUGCCAAACGCGGCGUGCUGGUCUACGUUCGUGUUUACUCUGGUACCAUCAACAAGAACACGCCGCUUUGGAACACCAAUCUGCAGAACUCGGAGCGGGCUCAGAGGUUGCUGAAGAUGUAUGCCAAUGAUGCCGUGGAGAUUGAUUCAAUCCCUGCAGGGCAGAUCGGCGUCAUUCCAGGAUUGAGAUUUGCAAGAACGGGAGACACAUUGAUCACUUGUACUGCAUACAACCCGAAGACUGGUCCGCCGCAGCCAGUGAACAGCUUGCAGUUGAGACCUAUCAAUGUGCCACCUCCAGUGUUCUUCGUGAGUGUUGAGCCGCAAAGUUUGGCGGAGGAGAAGCACAUACGAGAAUCGCUGGACCUACUCCUGAGGGAGGAUCCAAGUCUUUACGUCUCUGUGGAUGAAGAGAGUGGUCAGACUCAUCUGGCUGGUAUGGGUGAGCUACAUCUUGAAAUCGCUCGAGAUCGACUGGUGAGUGAUCUCAAAGCGAAGGCUAGGAUUGGGAUUAUCGAGAUUGGGUACAGAGAGGCUUUAACAGGCGGUAGUGAGGAGAUUACAGAGACUUUCGAUCGAGAUGUCGGAGGGAAAAGCUCGAAAGCGGCUUGUUCAGUCUCUGCGCGGCCGAUACAAGAAGGAGAGGAGCUGUCUGGAGAGGUUCAUUCCCUUGCACUCCAUGACGGUAACCAAGUUGUCAUUUCAACACCCACGCUUUACGCUGAUGGAAGUUUGAUGGAUGCCGACAGCAAGGGACUUCCAGAGAACCUGCCGAUUCAAGUGGUUGUUCAAGCUCUUUACAAUGGUGUCUCUGCCGCUUUGGCAAGAGGUCCAAAUCAUGGGUAUGCGGUGCAUUCCACUCGACUGGAUAUCACAUUUGAUCCAGCACGGCAUGUCUUCCACAAUACGACACCAGCAGCGUUGUCUUCCGCCGCGAGGCUGGCGGUGCAGAAAGCGCUCAAAGCAAGCUCUGCGAUGAGCGAGACUGUGAUGAUGGAGCCGGUUAUGCUCGUGACCAUCAGUGUGGACGAGGACUCUCUCGGCAGUGUGGUGCACGACAUCUCCUCUGCACGCGGCGGAAGCGUCGUAUCUCUCGGGUCAGAUGAUGAAGGGGUUUCAGAUCAACAGACGAUCGAUACGCGACGGAUCUAUGCUCCUCCUGAUCCUUUUGCUGGAGGCCAUACGGUGAAUGAUUCUGGCAUGCACCAGGGUAGCUCUGCAAGACAGAUCGUUGCGAGGGUGCCGCUGAAGGAGAUGGUGGGGUAUCUGAAGCACUUGAGAAGUUUGACGGGUGGGAGGGGGACGUUUACAAUGGUUGUCGAUCGGUUUGAGAGGAUGAGUGGGCAGAGGCAACGAGGGGUGUUGAGUGAGAUGCGGGGGGAGUUUGUUUGA